AUGCCAAUUGCAGGAUACCCAAUACAUCCAACCGGCCUUGACCUAGUGGCCAACCUUGAACGGCUCGCUGAUUCUCAAGCACACGGACUUCACACUCCCAGUCAUACACAAAACACGGGCACUCAGCGCAUCGAGAGCGAUGGAACUCCGCCGGUGCCUUCAACUACUACGGAGAAGCCACCCCGCAAACGCAACAAAACCAAGGGAAAAAACAAACGCAACAAACGCAAGCGAGGUGACAAUGGUUCCGGUUCUGAAAACGAAGACGAUCAACCUACGUUUGACCCCGCGCAAUUGAAAGACUCCGACAAAACAGCACUUCAGCUCCGUUACUUGGCAGAAAAGCACGCUACCGCCGGCAUGUCCGAUGAACUUAUUGAGUCUUUACUCGACUUCCAUGAGGAGAUACAAACGAUGAUCGCGAUCAAAGCCCUCGAACUUGGCACCACGGUUUCAGCCAUCGAAGGAGUUUUUCGAUAUAUGUUCAGUGGAAAGUACAUUGGGGUUUGUCGCCCAUCGCGAUGGAACCGAUUCCUCCAAAGUGUACAAGCCAGGGCCAUAUUCAAAUUAGCUCGUGGGGUUGGGAGCGGCCAGGGUAUGAGGGAGUUGAGUCGAGUAUGGAGAAGUAUGACCGAAGCGGAAAAGGAUGUUUAUAAGGAGGCUACUCAAGAGACGGAUACCGCCAACCUUCAAGCUAUGGACCAAGACUUGGCCGAACUCGAAAUUGGUCCUCGCUCACGGGACCAAAUACUACAGUCUCGAAGCAACACCUUAAUCAAUCCUCGAAGUCUCAAACUUUACAAGGAUAACGCUGAGAAAUACCUGGAUGAAAUUAUGGCCAAGUGCAUUCCUAUUACCAGAUCCAACCACUUCGAAAUUGUUGUCGUGGCCGUAUCAAAUCAUAUCUCCACACAUAGUUUCCAGUUCACACGCUCCACGCUAGGUGUCAAAAAGGUGGUUGAAGAAAUUUACGCCAUAGAUGGUGUCAAUAAUUUCGCCACCGAAGUACAAGCACACUUGGUUGGUCAGAGACCCAGUGAACUCGGCGUAAUGGGAAAAUCGGAAAAUGGACGCGCGUAUCAAUCACGAGUCACCGCUUCCCUCUCAACUUUUUUGAGGAUCACAGCUGAUAUCCAGCUGUAUCUAGAGGAUAUAACGGGUCUGAGACAUUGGCCAUGGAGCAAAUGCGACUUGACACUUCGCGAAGCCGGAUACAAACUCGAAUUGCUACCUGGUGCCCAAUCAGUCGAGGCCACCUUCAAGCAAAACAGCCGCCAUCUCAACCGCGCCAAACUCUUGGCUAUCGAGAGCGACCUCAAGGACCAUUUGAUCCAGUUGGUCAAAACAAAUGAAGUCACUCCCGCUCAAAAUACAAACGCAAAUACCACCAACCAACCGUCUCCGAUUGACAGAACCAACACCAAUACUACGGACGGUGAGAUUACCUCCAAUUUAGACCCUAUCUUUUUAGAGUAA